CAGAAUGGAGUUUCGUGGGUUUUUCAAAAACACCUCCAUGAAGCGAGGCGACCAAAUAAAGGUCGAGGUGUGCAGGCAGAACAAAAUGCAGCGGGCAAAAUCUCGCCAUGAAAUGCGACAAACCUACCGUAGUAACAUGGGAUGUGAUUCGGAGGAGGAAAAUGAUGUUCCGCCAGUGCAGGAAACGUACGAUGCGUUUCGUCAGCAGCAGUUGCAGCGGCAACAAAGUACGAAGUUAGGCGAAACUAUGACGGUAAAAAACAAAAACCUCUCCCAGGAGGAACGUUUCCAGAUCCGGCUGUUGCGUUUGCAAGAGUUUCGUGAACGAAAGCGGCGAAUGCAGCUGGAGCAGCGUUCGAAACAGAUCGUACCGUUUGUGCCGUUUGUGUCGAAAAAUAUAAUUGUAAACGAAAUGAAAAGUUUACAAUCGGUGGAGAGUGCACGGAAGAAGCCUACUCCGCUUGGUGAAUGUCAGGAGCUGAUGAAUCAGAUCCCUGCCCGUACAAACAAAACGCCCGUAUUGAAUAAGUGCAUAAAAUCUCGGGUAGACUGUUGGCGUAAGGAUCAGCUUCCUCGGAAGGCGACUGAGUGUGAUUUGCCUCCGCAAAAACCCGUAUCGGGGAAGAAAGCUGUCCCACCCAUCAUCAAGUCAGUGGAACGACCGAAAGUGUCCAAGCCUACCGUGAAGCAGCGACCAAAGGAAACGAAACCACCAGCGGUGGUGCAACCGGUAAUGCAAGUCCGGCACGCAGUGGUCACUAAACCCGUCGAAAAACGACCAUUAUCGGAAAAAUUUGUCUUCAAGCUAAAGCCACCAGUAGCGGACAACGGAAGUUCUUCAAAUAUAGUCACGUCGACCGUUCGCAAGCAUCGUAAACCGUUAACGUUCUCUUUCGAACAUACUUCGGAAAUUCAGAAGCCAAAAGCAACACUAACCGUCAAUCGAGCGGAUGAGCUGUUUGACGGUAUUAGUCCGAUCGAGGUAGAAUCGUCGCCCCAGAAGCCGUUAAUAGCUAUUAAUGGCGUUGGGCAUUCGUCGCCGACAGUUGAAAUCGUGCCGAUAAAGACUGAAGAAAGUCUUUGGGAACCCCAGCCCAUCGCUUCUUUGUCGGUUUAUGAAACAACAGUGCAGGAAAAUUGCAAUUCCUUGACUGCAGCUGUUGAAACAAAAUUCAAACCCGAUUGUUCGAUUGGUGACUGGGUGCCCGCUGCAGUGCAUGAAGUUUCGAGCGAUUCGAUUAUAAUCGUACAAGACGACGAUGAUGAAGUAUUUCAAGAAACGGCACAAUUCGCGUCGAACCUUGCACCGGAAGAUCGUCCAAGAAAGCCGACAAUGAAUGAGUCCUUCACCAUAACGAAACCGGGCUUGAAUGAAUCUUUCACCCUAAACGUUGGCAGCGUCCCAUCGCAUGAUCUGCUCGCAAAUUUGCCUUCUGAGCCAACGGUUGUUCGGUUGUCGACUGGGCCGAUGGUUCAAAAUGUGAUGGCUUUAUCCGAAAGACCCAUCCAGGAAAGGCGGCAGAGUUCGCCAAAGGAAAUUAAGUUAAACGGAUCAUCCAAAAGCUCCAGAGUCUCGUCUGAACCUUUGAACGAGCCGGAAACAGAAGGACCUAGUCAGCAAAGACACAAGAGUUCUCCAAAGGAAUCUAAAUUGAGCGGAUCGUCCAAAGGCACCAGAGGCUCGUCUGAAACUUCGAACGAGCCGAAAACGAAACGUGCUAUCCAAGAACGACGCAAUAGUUCGCCAAAGGAAAGCAAACUGAACGGAUCGGCUAUAAGAAAGCGCGCAUCAUUAAUUUUCACCGAAGAACCAAUCGAAUGUGACAUCGUUCCCAGCAAAUCCAACUUAACCCUCGCAGAGAAGCAGCGCCAAUCGCUUGAUGAUGGCCAAAGCUCAACCACAUCACAAUCGUCUCCAGACGAGCCGGAAGAUACAAAACCACCGAAAGAAGUGGAAGAAAAGACACGAUACUACUACGACAAGGUGGACAGCGAACUGGCCCGUCUGCAAGCAUUAUGCGAUGAGUAUGCACCAUUUCUGGCGGAGGACCAGGAGCUGAACGAUCACUGCCGUGGACUAAUUAUUGCUGCCCAAGGGCAAACAAACAUUCUGAUCAAAAAGAAGCUAACCAAGUUCCGCGAGCUUAUCGGACACUACGAAACGAAAUGGAACGACCGUAAGGUACGCCAUGACGAUCUGGAUGGUUUUUGGAUCAUGCUAUCGCUCGAUCUGGACAACCUAGACAAACGGUUCGAGGAAUUACGUGCGCUGAAGGAAAACGGCUGGCAGGAGAUAGUGCCGGAACCGAAGAUGAAGAAGCUUCAGGGUGGUGGUGGUGUGCGGAAGCGGGAGAAAAAGCCAACGGUGGCAAAUGCUAAAAAAUCGUCCGCUAUUGCCGAUCUGAUACGCAAGGCAAGGCAGGAAGCAAAGCAAAAGCAAAAGACAGCGAUUGCCGAGCUGGAUGUGUUGAAGGAUACGGUUACGGUAGUGACGACACCGGUUAAACGUGCGGUACGGUUCGUAGAAUCGCCGGCUCGCCGUACCAGCUUACCGAAGCGUUCGAGUUUGUGCGCCGGUUGUACGCCGACCACCGUCCACUGGAACCAGGAACCGAACGCAAACCUGUCCAAGCGUCACACCAUUUUCCCGGAGAUCACCCAGAAAUCGGAGCUAGUUAAAUCGAUUCUAAAGCCUGCGAAAGUAGCACGUGGCCGGCGAGCCAAGAGUGUACUGUUCCUCGACGGUGGGCUCGAAACACCCCAGGCAAGGCGGCGCCAUUCAUCCCGCAAGAUUGUGGACACACCGAAACCGCAGAUUAAAUUUAACGAGGAGCUCGAAAUUGAGCACAUCGACAAUCUGGCAGCUCGUACACCGUCACGGCUGGAGCUGGAGAUACAGAAGCGCCGACAACAAUCGCUGCUAGAGUCUGCUUCCCUGCUGCUUCCAUCCAGUGACGACAAUGACAAGGACACGGAUCAGCAGCGGAAGAGGAGCACGCGCAAGGCUUACGCACAAGGGACACCUUGCCGGGACAGCGGUUCGGUGAGACGGUCCAAUCGUCGGACGUCACGGUGCAUUGCCACACUCUUCGAUGGGGAAUCGAGCAAUAGCUGUAAUGACUUCAAAACGGAGGACGAAUCGGAAGGUUCAGCCAAACGAUCGUCCCGCAGGAACGCUCGCAAGAAGCUUCUGGACAAUUAA